GACUGCAAAUCUGUUCUGCGACAUGUCGAAAAUGAUCUGGGUGAAAUGCGGCACUAGUGAGCACUACUUGAUGUUGUUUAGUUGUAGAUGAAAGAGAAACUGUCACAUCAGACUCUUACUCAGUAAGUGCGAGCAAUCCUGCUCUUUUCGAUGUGGAGUUGUUUUUCUCUUUUUCGACGAAAACACAUCUUUAAAGUCUGUAAAACAUAUUAUAACAGGGGUUUUUCCUUUGUGAUCAGGACACUAACGCUACACUAACCGCAUUCUGUUACAGCGGGUUUGUCCGGUGAUCCUGCCCCAAAAAAGCGAUGCUGGUCACCGUUUUCUGCGCGCCGAGGGAUCGCCCAGAAACCACUUUCGCCCUCGAUGUGUCCCCAGAGCUGGAGCUGAGAGACUUCGUAGCACUUUGUGAACUAGAAUCAGGAAUCCCAGCAGGGGAAAUUCAGGUAACUCGAAACCCCAGAGUGCUAACACAGGCUAAUGGCUAGCUAGCUGAGUUGCUAGCAUGAAUCGGACUUUGUUGUUUUCAUGAUCCGGUUGUUGCGAAACUUAGCUUAUCAAGAGCAGACAUACUUGCCCACGAGUAUCUCCAACGAUUAACCGCAUUGACAGACCGUUCCCUUUGUCAGCUGGUCGAUUAAAACUAACGGAAAAGCUCGAAUAAUGGUCAAACAUGAAGCUAACAGUUGUCAGAGUAGUCAACAAUGUUUUAAACACUCACGCGACGUUAAUCACUUAACUGACAGACUAAACGUUGGUCCGCGCGCGCUAAAAGUUACGAUAACGUAAACGGUUUUUCGAACAUAACCUGUAAACAAAGGUUUGCCUUUAUUGAUAGAGAAUAAAUUAUAACAUGUCGGGCCAACACCCUAUAAAUUACCCGCAGUUUGACACGCCGGCAUCUGGAUUAUAUAUAGAGUGAAGAGUAUAGUAGUAAUGUUUAGGAGUACAAUUUUGAAGUUAUACAUAAGUAACUGGACGUAGGGUUUGAUACAAGUACCUAAAAAUCAACCUGAAUGCAUUUAGAGUUUGAUUAAUACCGGCCCCUUUCAACUGAUAUUGAACUUUAUUGUUCUAACUCCGUUUGGGCGUUGAAAUGAUAUUCCGGCGUAAAAUUAAGUUAGGGUCAAACACACAGUAACACCGAGUUAGACACCCCCUAGAGAGCUAAAUGUUGCCGACCGCUUGCUUCUCUAGUUAUACCAACUUUAGUAACGACCGCACGAUAGCAGUACACAGCGGUCUGAGGAGCCAUAAACAAACCUCAACCCAAAAGCCACUCUAUAGCCACAAAUAAUGCUCAGAACAGCACCUAACUUCAUCAACAAUACACAUAGGGUCCCAGCCAUAGCACUAGCCAUCAAACAUCUUUUUAGCUUUGCCUGAUUUCUUUAACAAAGAGACCAAACACAACUCACCUACUCUCUUCCAGCAGCUGCUUUUUUGUAGCGAGACCUCAGGCCAGUCCAUUAUGGACUGCUGUGGGGUGACCCAGCUCAAGGAAGAACAUUUAUGAUCAUUUCUUCAUAGAAAUGCAAUCUGAUCAAGACACUAAGGCAGAAGAACUACAGCGUCUGCAGCGCAAAAUGGUUAAUAUGAUGAUUAUUACUUCAAGGAAAUGAUUAAGAAAUGAUCAUGAAUUAGUCAAAGCUAAAAAGAUGUUUGGUGGCUAGUGCUGUAUUGCUAUCUGUGGUCGUUACUGAAGUUGGUAUAAGUAGAGAAACAAGUGGUUGGCAACAUUCAUUUCUCGAGGGGUUGUCUAACUCGGUGUUAUGGUGUGUUUGACCCUAACUUAAUUUUACGCCGGUAUAUCCCUUUUAUUUGACAGAAUACUCAACUAUUUUGAUUGACUGUUAAGUUUCACUUUUCAACAUACAUUUCUAUUAAGAUAUGAUGAUUUUCAUACAUGUGCAAACACACAGGUUAUACGCUCCGAAACCCUUUUAGACUGUUGUGAAAUGUACACAACUACAAUACAGUCCAAUGCAACCGCUCAAUCACAACUUUUACUUUACCUAUCUUCUGAACCAUCAGUUUUGGUUAACAUGAUCAGUCAAGUGAUAGUUGUUUUGUAAAAUAAUUGUUUGAUGUGUAAAGAGUGUUGGACCCUUAAAAUGUAGAAGGCAGUAAAUUGACUUUUUCUUGUUUAAUCAGGUCGUGUCAAUUCCAUAAUCUUCAAUGUGCAUCAAAUACAGAAGAAGCAAAACCCAAAAGCAAUCUGUCUGUUUUUAAAUUUUUCAAUUCUGCAUUUUUUUCCCCAGAUCACAUAUGUUGAACAGCCCCUAAAAGAUCCAUCUCGUGCCUUGGGGACCUAUGGCGUUAAAGAUGGAGAUGUGGUGGUUCUCAGGCAAGCCGACAGAAGGCCACCACCAACUCAGCCAGCCUUCCCAGGUAACACAGAUAUAUAAAAUUAAAAUCCAGAGAUUCGAAAUGAUAUAUGUGACGGCAUGAGAGAUUUUUUUAUGUACAUAAUCAACCUCUAUCAUCUGUGUGUCUUAGGUCUGCCCCAUAUCGACUUUCGCUCCAUCACAGUCCCUGGCACCUCCUCUUCAUCAAAUCAACGCGGUGCUACACGACAGCAGCCACAGACUUCACAACCUCCACAGCAGCAGCAGCAGCAGCCAUCGCUGCCACCGACACAGCCACGCACAGCACAACCUUCCACGCCGGUGGCCUUUCGCGGCUCCUCUCCUCAGGGGCUUGAUGACCCUGCCUUACUUCAGCAGAUGCUUUUGUCCAAUCCACAUGAGCUUUCCCUCCUAAAGGAGAGAAACCCACCUCUUGCUGAAGCCCUGCUGAGCGGAGACUUAGGUAUACAAUAUUCCGCCUGUUUAAUGUCAAGUGUCCUUAUCUGCGUACUCAAUCUAGUGUUUCAGUCAGAUAUGAUUAAACCACGUAAAUGUUUUAUCCUCAGAGCGUUUCACCAAAGUGCUGCUGGAGCAACAGCAGGAUCGAGCCAAGAGAGAGCAGGAGAGGAUCAGACUCCUGACGGCUGAUCCUUUUGAUUUGGAAGCCCAAGCAAAGAUUGAGGAGGACAUCAGGUACAGAAAGAAGGCUUUGUUUACCAAACGUAAUUAUUCAUAACACUGCCCACCUUCUCUUCCCUGCCUCUGCAGUACAGCCUCUGUUUCUUUUCCCCAAUCAAAUUUCAUGUAUUCUCUUCCGGAGUUUAUUGGCCAGCUGAUUGUAAAUUCAGUUUUGCACAAGGUUAAAUGUUUGUUUAUUUGACUCCAACUCUUCAGUUUCUCCAUUUCAUCCCCGAAUGUAUCCAUAUGUUUUUCCAACAGCAAAGUUAAGUUAUAUUGUCUGCAAAUAAAGCUGUUUUUAGUAGAUGGGGAAACUUCCAACACUGAACCUUGAACUGAAUCUUUAAUUUUGACCAAAUAGUAUAAUGUGUUUAGAGAUAAGGAAACUGGUCUGUUGCCAGAUAGUUAGUUUAGCUCCUGCUUCACUCAUUGGUAGCUGUUUUGAUUUGACUUGGAAAAACACCAGUUGUGAGUGAUUGAUUGCUGGAUAAUCCUUUAACAGUGUCAGUAACUUCAUCAGUAAAUAAUGAGAAUAGCUCUGACAAUAUCAGGUACAAUAUAUAUUUGUGUAGGGUUGAAAUAGAAAACAUGUUCAUCAAGUGUCAGGGACCUUUUUAUUGUUUAUUUUUGUCAUCAGUUUGUCUAACAGUUUAUUUUGUGUAUAUUUCAGGCAGCACAAUGUGGAAGAAAACAUGACCAUUGCCAUGGAAGAAGCCCCUGAAAGCUUUGGACAGGUGGUUAUGCUCUACAUUAACUGCAAAGUCAAUGGGCACCCUGUGAAAGCUUUUGUUGACUCAGGUAAUGAGCAUUAAAUCCUGAUCCUGUUUGUCCUAGCUACUCUACUCGGGUCAUGAACUGUGUCGUGUCCUCAGUGUUAGUGUGUGUCUGGUCGUAGUUUUUUUUUCUUGAGGCAAAUUACAAACGGUAUGCUUCGUUUAAGAUGACUCUUUGAAUCACUGUUUUCUUGAGUUGAGAGCAGUGUUUGAACUUAAUAAGCUCAUAUCAUGUCCUAAAAUGCUAACUGCUCAUCCUUUGUGCAGUGUUUGGUAUUAUUUGCAAGACGAGAGACAGAGUGUUCUCUUUUCUUUCGAUUUCCUGAUGGCUUGGCUUUUGGCUCAAGUUGGCACGCACUUCAGGGGCAUUCCAACGUUUGUUUACGCCAAACACUUUCCCUAUCACCUCUUUCUCUUUCACUAUGAGUCAGUCAAGGGUUUAAGUGAAAUACGUCUCCGUUGAAGGGAAGGACCUUAAAUGCUCACCCACCAUGACUUGUGUUUUUUAACCUCACAGAGCAGGUUCUCUGAUCUGGACUCUUCAUGCAUAUCUUAACUCCUCAGUUUGUCUCUCUGGGCGUGCCGUCCAUGUGUGCUUUUUUUGUGUUCUUAGCAAGACCUAUCCCCACAGAGAAUGAAAGUACAAUACAAUAGAGGUGGGAGAUACAGCAUAGUAUCGCAAUAUUUUGCCUGGUGAUAUAUCGUAUCGUUUCAUUUACAAAGUAUUGAUUUUUCAAAAUAAUUUCUAAUAUGAAGCCAAAUCUAUGAUAAUGGAAAAAUACAAUCAAUUGGUUGUCCAGUGAGGUUGGCAGAGGUGACAUCAUAGAGCAGGAGAAAUUAGUACAACAAAUAUAUGUAAGGUUUGCAAGAUGUGCUACAUGAAAAUAAAAUACAGCAUAAAUAAGACAAACAAAGAAAAAAAAUGCAUAAAUUGCAAUACAUUGUAUCGCAAUACUGUAUUUAAAAUGUUAAAAAUCUCAAUAAUAUCGUAUCGUGCCCAAGUUUUGCGAUAAUAUCGUAUCGUGGGGCCACUAAGGAUUCCCCCUUCUACAAUACGAUGAAUGACUAACCUACACAAAAAUAAUUUCCUCUCAUCACCUCACUUUACAUUCAAGUUUUCUUUUAGGGUUAUAUAAAGUGUAUAUAUUGUAAAAUCUUUUGUUUCUUGUUUUAAAGGUGCCCAGAUGACCAUCAUGAGCCAAGCAUGUGCCGAGCGCUGCAACAUCAUGCGGUUGGUGGACCGCCGCUGGGCUGGAAUCGCCAAGGGAGUGGGCACACAGAAGAUCAUCGGUAGAGUUCAUUUAGGUAAGUGUUGAGUUUUCAAGUUUGGAAGCAAUUUAUCCCAGAAACUCUCAGUUUAAACCUAAACUAGUGAUUAUUUUUCCAUAUUUGUCGCUGGUAUUGAUGUAUUGUGAGUUACAAAGAGUACAGCACAGUUACAGGAUGCGUCUCGUCCUCUUUAUCAUAUUUAAGGGUUAAAAGUAAGAAAGAUUUAAUAAAGUUUGAAAUGGCUUUGUCAAAAAAAACUACCUUCAAAAAGUAUCAGAUGUUUAACCUGAUGCGUAGGUGAAAAUCCAUCAGCUCUGUUUAUUUUCAGUCCAUUUCAGUGCAGGUAAAACUCUCUUGACUUGUUGUACACAUCUAGCUCAGGUCCAGAUUGAGGGCGAUUUCCUCCCUUGUUCUUUCUCCAUCUUGGAGGACCAGCCGAUGGACAUGCUGCUCGGCCUGGAUAUGCUGAAGAGACACCAGGUUUGAGCUCAAUUAAUUUGAUCCAUUUUUGAAGAACUUUCCAUUUUCUGCUCCCUUAAUCCACCGUUUCAGAGAAGUUUAAUGACAGUCAACUUCCCUUCUGUUUUCUUGUAGUGUUCAAUCGAUCUGAAGAAGAGCGUGCUCCUAAUAGGCACCACGGGCACUGAGACUCGCUUCCUGUCUGAGGCUGAGCUGCCUGAAUGUGCCAGGUUGGCAUAUGGCGCAGAGGGGCGGGAAGACGCUCGCCCCGAAGAGAUAGCUGACAGAGAACUGGCAGAGGCACUUCAAAGAUCCAUACAGGAAAGCGGUAAGAAACGGUCCCUGAUCUCUGCCUUUGGUGUGUUUUUCAUGGGGCUUCCUUCAGUCCAGUUAGAGGAACAUUUGCAUGUGCCACCUAAAGCUUCUUAUUCUCAACCUCAUUUAUGCUGUCAUCUGAAUUGUAAGUCACAUGAUCAUUUCAUGUCAACACUUCAGCCAAGUAUAUGCUCUGAAGAAUGAGAAAAGAUGUUCUGUCAGUCAAAUGUCACCCAACUGUAUUCAAGACAAGACGGUAUUAUCAACCCGACUAAGAUCAAUCCUGCUAGGCUUAAAAGGAAAAACUCAUGAUUAUUAUGGUUUUAAACAUUAUGUUUUUUAUGUUCGGCCCAAGGCUAACACUUAAAAGCAUCCUUUAAAUCUCCAAAAAGGCCUCAUAAUACAUCAGUAGACAAACCAUACAGCCAUUUCUAGCCAUCUAAAGUCGAUUUUGCCGCCAUAAAUGCGCUUGGAAGCAUCUGAAAUGUGAGGAACAGUAGUGAAAACACUCCAGUACUGAAAGCUCCAUUAACUUUUCCUGGGACCAUCAGAGCUUAUCAUCAGUCCUGAGUGUGUUUUCUUGCAGCGAGUCCAAUCCAGACGAUCAUUGUUGUAAGAGAACAGUGCAGAUGGCUCACAGAAGGAGUGUGAGAACAGCUCUUAAAACCACCUACAAACAGGGUUGUUGUGCCAACAGAAAUGUAGGCACAGAUUUGUAUGAGCAGGACAAGAGUAUCUCACACAGAAAAAUGUUGCAGUAGUGGAUUAAAUGCAUAGAUCUUUACAAAGACAUGAGAAUAAUUGAGUCAUAAAUGUGGUGAAUCAUCCUCUCGAACUAUUUGAAAUGACUAAGAAAAGAAUCACAGGAGAAGCUGCUGGUGAUUAAUAGUCUGUUUGAUGUAAAUUUGCAUCAAUACUACACCACUUUAGUCCCAGCUCAGUUUAGGAAAACGUAGCUCACAUUGUGUUUGUGAAUGUGUGUGUAAGAGUGUGUUAUCAAACUACAACUAAAAUCAAUUUCCACAGUUUUGACACACCAUCACCUUUACUAAGCAACCUUAGCUCCUUUUUUUUUUUUUUAUAAACCAAAGACAAACUUAUUGCAAAUCAAAUGCAGACUUGUCUCCAGGUUUUGGAGCUUGUUCCUAAAGUAGUCUGUUGAGGCCCAUAACCCACAGGAUCCGCAUUGAGUGCGUGUCGUUAGCUUCUCGUGAUGCAGCGUCACCCUCAGAAAGCGUCUCUGCUCCAUCUUGAGGUGCUGCUCUGCUAAAGAUACGUGCCCAGUCUAUUUUCGCUGUUCUGUGCUUCCAACAUGUGCCAAUCAACACAGAGCAGAUAACAUCGGACAGAAAGUCAAGCACAAGCACGAUAGGGCUAUCCCGAUACGAUAUUGACAUCGGAUAUCGGUCCGAUAUCAGCUAAAAAAUCAAAUAUCGGAUAAUAUCAGCCUACAUCUGAAAUCUCAGAUAUCAGCACUCUGAUACAAGCAGUCCAUUCCAGACUCCACUCUGCACCUCUAGCUAGCAUGCAGAGCCCACAAAAUCAAAACAGUGUGUACUAAGUUGCUAACAAAGAAGCAAGGAGUUGGAGAGAUGUCGGCUGUGUGGCAGUAUUUUUUGUUAAAGUCCGAAAAAGACAUUGCAGCUGAGUGAAAAAACUUGUCAUGCACAAGUUUGUGCCAAUAUAGGUAUCAGCAGAUACUGAAGGCUACAAUAUUGGUAUCGUAUCGGAAGUAAAAAAGUUGUAUCGGGACACCCCUCAAGCAGGGUAUAGUAAAUCCACUAUAUAAAAAAAAACCUACCAUAUGCAGACUCCUGACUGUUUAUUAUUUUGUGCAGAUGAAAAAUACUUCCUGGUUUGGGUUUAUCAUUAACACAGAACUGUGGUCUAUUUCCUGCUAAUUUGGAUAUAAUUCAGUGACCGUAGAGCCUCUACUGUAUGUGGAAAAAGCAAUGUGAUGUUAAACUUUCGGUUUUUGCAGGUUAACUCAUAUUUAAUAAAGUAAACCAUGUUCCUUUAUGCUGUGCUGUUACCUUCAAGUCCUGUUGGGGUCCACAUGGAUCAGGGAUUGACCAUCAGAUUGUUCUGUGUUACUGAUAAAUCCAUAACCAGGAAGUAUUUCUCAUCUAAAUGAACUAAUACACAGUCGCAUAUGGUGUUUUAUUAAGAAAUACCGGAUGACAUGCGUGGUUUUCGUGCUAGACCUCAAUGAUCUUCUUUGAGGUUUGACGCGCAUUGGAAGCGUAAAGCAGCAAAAAUAGACUGAACUGAACACGCCCAACAUGGAUCCUGCGGGUUAUUGGCUGUUGACUGAAGCUUGAAUAUUAAACAGCUUGUCUUACAGUUUGGGUUUUUAUUACAUUUGUGCAACCCUGAUACCAAAAUAAGUGAUGACGCUGUGUAAAAUGUUGAUGAAAAACUUUAUUUGAUAGAUAGCGAAUACAACCCCAAUUCUAUAGGAGUUGAAAUGUUUAAUAAAACUCAGUGAAAGUGUUGUAGGACAUAGACACUUUUUUAUUUCUGGAUGACCCUUUUCACAUUGGAGGAUGUGAAAAGGCCCACGGGUUUUUUUGCAUGCUCUGUGUGUGACUGCUAACUUUCUCCGUCCCUUUGCAUGAUGUGUGUGGUGUGUGCCCUAACCCUGAGCAGGACAGCACUGAUGCUUUUGGACACAGCUGGAGAGGGCCCAACCAACCAGGUACAGCAAAGUUCAUAAAUCCAUUGCCAGUGCUAAGUCCAUUGCUACUUCUGUCUUUUUCUUUGCUCUUUUUUUUUGCUGCCUAGUUGGUUAAUUGAUGUACUUUUUGUUGGACUUACUCAUGUAUUUGUUAUGAAUACAUAUAUCUGUUAAGAGGGAUAUUCUGGCGUUAAAUUGAGUUAGGGUCAAACACACUGUAACACAGAGUUAGACACCCCUCGAGAGAUGAAUGUUGCCAACUGCUUGCUUCUCUAGUUAUACCAACUUUAGUAACAACCACAGGAUAGCAAUACUCAGCGGUCUGAGGAGCCAUAAACAAACCUCAACCCAAACGCCACUCUAUAGCCACAAAUAAUACUCAGAACAGCACCUAACUUCAUCAACAGUACAUAUAGAGUUCCAGCCAUAGUACUAGCCACCAAACAUCUUUUUAACUUUACCUGAUAUCUUUAGCAAAGAGACUAAACACAACUCAUCUACUCUCUUCCAGCAGCCGCUUGUUUGUAGUGAGACCUCAGGCCAGUCCAUUAUGGACUGCUGCGAGGUGACGCAGCUCAAGGAAGAAGAUUUAUGAUCAUUACUUUAUCAUUUCCUUGAAGUAAUAAUCACCAUAUUGGUCAUUUUGCACUGCAGACACUGUAGUUUUUCGGCCUUAGCAUCUCGGUCUGAUUGCAUUUCCAUGAAGAAAUUAUCAUAAAUGUUCUUCCUUGAGCUGCGAAACUCCACUGCAGCUGAUGGACUCGCCCAAGGUUUAACUAUAAACAAGCGGCUGCUGGAAGAGAGUAGGUGAGUUGUGUUUAGUCUCUUUGCUAAAUAAAUCAGGCAAAGUUAUAAAGAUGUUUCAUGGCUAGUACUAUGGCUAGGACCCUAUAUGUACUGUUGAUGAAGUAAGGUGCUGUUCUGAGCAUUAUUUGUGGCUAUAGAGUGUUUUUUUGGUUGAGAUUUGUUUAUGGCUCCUCAGACUGCUGUGUAUUGCUAUCAUGCGGUUGUUAAUAAAGUUGGUAUAACUAGAGAAGUAAGCGGUCGGCAACAUUCAUCUCUGGAGGGGUGUCUAACUCGGUGUUGCGGUGUGUUUGACCCUAAAUUAUUUUCACGCGGAAUAUCCCUUUAAGAGGGAGAAGGAGCGUUAUUAAAAUACAAGCAGUCGGUAUUUUAAGAGUUUUCUUUGGAAAUGUGUGUUCUGGGUUGUUUUCUUCUGCACAUGUAAAUGCAGGUUAUCCAAAGUUUUGCCUCCAGACUGGGUCGACAUGUUCCAAGUGUUUAAUUUCCGAUUAUAUUUUCUGUCACAAUAGACACUGCAGAUGGACAAACUACCUCACCGCAGCCCCCACCAUUUACAUUACCCAGAACCUUAGACCAAAUGUCCUCAUCCACCUCCCCUUCCCAAAACCUGUCCCCCAGUCAGACUCAGACUCUGGAUCGCUCCCAGUCUGCCCCGGCUGCCAUCACGCAUGGCCUGGCGUCAGAGUUGUGUGAGGACCAACCUAUCGUGCCGGAGCCCCCUCUGCCCCCAGCAGAGGAUGCCGGUUCUGUGCCUCAUCAGGUCCAGCCUCACCCUCUGCCUGUCCACAGCUGCUCCAAAGUGCCGCGUGUACCAAGUCCCUCAGCUGACAUCCUCCCUACUCCUGCGGAUCUUACUUCUGUUCCCGGACAUCCAGGGAGUGAGGUACAGCCUGGAGCUGCAGAGGGGGAUGCUGAAUCAGAUGAGGCCCCCCAGAAUCCAGAGGACUUUUCCCCUUUUCAGCCCAUGGAGCAGGAGGCGACAGAGUCCGACACAGCGGAUGCCGCAGAACCCUGUCAAAGUGCUCAUAGCCAACCGGAUUCAGUUGAAAUGGAGUCGCCAACCGCCUCCCAGGGUGUGGUGUCCUCAGAGAGGGACCAGCCUGAAGGAGAGCACUCGUCCAGCUCGGACAGCAUCCCGUCACUCGCUGCUGCUCUGAAGGAGCUUCACGAGCUGCUGGUGUCCAACAACCGUGCUCAGUCCCAAAACCGCAGCAACUCCUGCUCCCCAUCUCAUCCACUCAGACAGGAAACCGAAGAAGGAGUCCAGGAGCCACGCACCCCGACACCUGAGUUCUUUACCAUCCCCUCUACUGCCAUCACAGCUGGUGCAGAACCAAGCGAUGCCAAAGCCGACCAUGCUGCUGCUGCUGUGUCUGAUGAGGGACCGUCAAAGUGUCUUGUGCCUGACUCCUCUGGCCUGGAUGAGCAUCCGGGUGGAGACGCAGCUGACACUGUGGAGAGACAAGGACCAUCAGAUUGUCCAGAUAAGAAAGGGAGGGUUGAUGGACACGGGCAGGAUGACGCUAAUACUAUCAGCACUUUCAAACCUGAGCGAGAGGUUCCUCCUGAUCGCGCAGAGGAGCUGGAGUUGAGGGAACCUCCGGAGGGUCAGCAGGGGAGAGGGGUUGCGGACGGACGAGCUUCUGGAUGCAACACCCCUGACACUCUAAGCCUCCAGACUGAGCACCCUUUCCUCAGCCCUCUGUCCAUGGCAGUCGGCUCACCCGAGGAAGUCUCUAGCACCACGUCUUCCUCUUCUCCUCCUCUUUCUCAGGCUGCCCAGGUCACAUCUCCAGCCCCGCUCUCCCCGUCCUCCCAUCCCUUUAUAGAACAAUUUCCAGCCGAGCACAUCCAGAGAAUCCAGGCAGCGGGCUUUUCUGCCAUGGAGGCUGCUGAGGCACUGCAACAAGCCCACGGGGUCGUGGAGCUAGCUCUGCUGGCGCUGCUAGCCCGCAGUAUCACUGUGCCCACCUAGACUCAUUACUAGUCACACUGAGACCCCGGCCUCCCAACUCAGCAUCUGUCUUAUUUAUACCUUGUUACUGAUCCAGAUGUCUCGUCCCUUCUUUAACAGGGAGCACGUAAAAAACACAGGGAAACGCUGUCUCUUGGUUUGUCAUACAGAAUAUCCAAGAACUAACAGGACAACCGGUAAAACUUUUCUGGAUACUGCAGAUAUGUGAGGUGUGUUUGCAUGCAGAUGUUUUGGGUGCCCACCCAUUUCAUUGGAUUUUAGAGAUUUGGUAUGGUAGAUAAAUUUUUUCUUUUUGUUCUUUUUGUCCAACAUUGACGCAUUUUUCAAAAGCCCAAUUUGGUUGAUUUGAUUCUUUAAACAUUAUUCAUGAUAUAAUCUCACUUUUGAUAAAUCAUAAAACCUUUUGUUUAUUUUCCUGAGCAUUCAUAAAAAUAAAAAAAAACAUGAAAACGAGGAAGAAUUCUCCUCACUUCUACUCUGUCAAACAUUGACAUUUACAGCAGUGUGCUGAUGGAUUAACUUCAUUUCAGUUUGUUACAAAUCUUAACCCAGUGAUGGAAGAGCGACAUGUUGGGAUCUGCUGUAGUUCAUGGGUUGAUCAACCUCGGUCAGGUUUACAGAUAAUUUCUCCAGCUUUCACACUGAAGUAUCAAGGGAGCCACUAGUGUAUUUGUCGAUGUCUGAUCAUAGAUGGAAUAAUAAUGGUGAAGUAUGUGUAUUACAGAGGGUAUCUUGUACUGUAUGUGUCAUUCUCCACUUUGGAAGCUUUGCCAUGUGUAGAUUACAAAUCAGUUCGUGGUUCCUGUUCAUGAAGUCUUUUUUUUUUCAUUUCGUGUCAAACCGUCAUAGUUUGUGUUCAUACCAUCAGAACAUCCAUCGACAUUUUGUUUUAUGUUUGGCCAUUCGUGCCCAUAAGAUGUUUCGUCAGCACAUCUAUAUCAAGUAUUUUAAAGGCUUUAUUUCAGUCAUAUACCAACAAUGUUCAGGCAGGUUGAAUUAUCUACUUUUAUCUUGUAUGAAAUUUUAAAUUGCAAAUAAAAUGAAACUAGUAUUUGUACAAUCUGUGGGAUUUUUUUUUUUGUCUUUGUUAUAGACUACAUGCAGAUGUCUGGGUGUCAGAGUGACCGUACAUCCUCUUUUACCCAGAUAUGUCCUCUUUUUUGAGGGGGCUGUUCGGUUUAUCAAAUCCUUCGAAUCUCGGGGGUUUUGUAUGGAAGUUUUGAGUUUGUGUCGCGUCGACUAAUUGAGUUAGAAGCGCGUUAAAAACACUUGUCCCAACCCAAAAAACCCUCCAAAUUUACUACGCCCGACUCCACCCCAUGUAGAAGUGUCCUCAGAAUAUGGUCACCCUACUACGGAAG